AGCAGAAGAAGCCUACACUAUGUAUGAAACAUGCAGGGAGGCACUGAAGGCCAAUGCAGGCUCCAUUUCCAGCAGAUGUAGUUCCCUGUUCUCUGUGGCCAUUGAGUGGAAACUUCAUCCACAGGAGGUGGAGUCAGAGGUCUACCGCAGCAGACUGCAGCUGUUCAGUCUGGCAGGAGGAGCCAGCAGGACUGACCUCAGAGGAGUCAGCCCACUGGUGAAGGUUAUGGACCAAACUCAAUCCGAAGCUACAACAAAUGAAAACAUCUUCCCAUGCCUUCUCAAUGAUGCCUUAACAGGGAACAGCAGGACAGUCCUCAUCUACUGUGUCCACCCUCAAGGUCUCCUAGAUGAUGAGACCCCCUCCGCUUUAGCUUUGGCCCAGAAAGCAAGACGUUUGGUGACUAAUGCCAGUGUUGAUCGCUGGUGUCCAAGGGCAACUGAGCAAAAGAUCAGAGAUGACAUCGUGGAGCUAAGGAGUGCGAUGAUGUCACAGGGGGAAAGUGAGGUUCACACCACCUUUAGGUUAGCAGAGCUGACCCAAAACCUGCAGAUUGUGAAAAAUCAGUCAUGGGAGAAGAGGAGGGAAGAGUCAAAGAAGAUAAAAGACAAAACGCAGAGCUGUCGGACCCCAAAUAGCAAUUUGCACAGCAGUGAUCACAGAGAGGGGACAGACACAAUGAAAUAUUUACAAGCCCAGCUGAAACAAGAAAUGGAGGAGCAUAUCAGAGAAGGUAAAGGGAAUGUAGAGAAAGUCCAGGACAGAUUAGGAAGAAUUCAGCAGCUGAGGGAGGCUCUCAGAGAGGAGACACUGAAGAACGGGGCUGCUACGGAUAAAUCUGACCUCUGUCAACAAUCUCAGUUAGAAUACAACAAAGCCCAGGAACGGAGGAGGCAACUUAAGGAGGACCACGGGAGAUUAAUUCAGGAGGAGGUGGAGAAGAUGGAGAGAGACUUGGCACAGGAACAGCUACUGACAGAAGGCCCCCCGAGAGAGCUGCUGGUGCUGACCAGAGAGAGGCAGGUCCUGGUGCUGCAGAUAGAGGCCCUGCGCGCUGAGGCCCAGCAGGCUGAGAGAGACCUGCAGAAUCAAUAUCACAGACACCAAACAGAGCUGCACUGUCUGAGAGAGGAGAGCCUGCAGGUGUUCAGAGUGUUUCGUCAGGUAAGCGAGGAGCAGAGGAGGAUGUCAGAGGGCAGAUACCGCAGCGUGCUGCUGGAGGCUGUGCAGGAUGCCGUAUACCUGUCUGCCCAGAACCAGGAGCUGCAGGCUGACAACAAACACCUCCGUAAGGGUCAGUGUAUGUUUCUCAACCUCUACCAGACUGGCUGUUAUAUUAAAGAUAAAGCUUUCCCUAACCUCUAAAGUAAAACGUGGCAGAGAUGCCAAGUCAUGAUUCUUCCACCCACCAGCAUUUAAAAACUUGUUUUUCUUUUACAGCGCUGGGGGAGUUGAAGGAUACUCUGGCUGUGCGAGGUGACUCUACGACU